UUGAGUCCGCACGUUGUUUUUGCGGAGGAAGUGAAAGCUCAGCAGCAAAAUUCAAAACAUAGGGUUUCAUCAGUGACUGGAUUUGAAGGUGCUUCACUUUACGCAACCGUUGUCGCAUAAAUGAGCUGCUGAUGCCUCAUCAUGAUGGAUAAAAUUCUCGAAGCGUUAAAAUGUAUGUCUGCACCCUUUGACGGGACAAUUUCAGGCAUAGAAAGGCAAAAUUCCACUGAUGGACCAGAAUCCGUACUCUUGAGCAUUGUUUCCAAAUGUAAGGAAAUAGUAAUAGACGUGAAGCUGGAUGGUUGGAGUAAGAAUUUGAGGGAUAAUUGCGGACCACUGACUCCCAGUUGGGCAUUUACGUGCACUGCCCUCGACCUGCUCGUUCAAAUUGGACAUGACGUGAACGAAGCAGAAAUGAUGCAACCGGAAGAGGAGAAAAGCAUCGAGGUUCUUAGUAUCCAGGCCCAAGGUGAUAUUCAAAAGUGCGUCGAAUUUAUAGUCGGAUUUGGACUCCUCCCUUAUUUUCUCCCGAACGUUGGUGUCCCAGAGAAGGUGCGCAAAAGAAAUCGUGCGGCUUUUGACCUGUUCCUCGCCAGCGACAACAUACUUACUCCCUUGAUUAAGUUCCACCGACUGGCUCAAGUGGUCGAUGGCCUCCUCCAAAUUUCUACUAGCCAUCCUUCGUUUGCUUCCUUAAUUAUUCCAAAGCACGCAGCAGAUAUUCUAGCUGCUCUGCUACAAAUUUGCAAGUCGCCCAUUUCGAAACCUUCUCAGACAAAGCCAGGAUCUCUCUCGGAAUCGGAAUUUAAGUACGUGAUGACCUUACGAAACCGUUUUCACACUCAUUUAAAUGUCUUUUUGUCAUCGCAUAUUCCAAAAUCAAUACUCAUCAACUCCUUGUUCCUCAUUGGAGAGAAACCAAAGUUCAUGCGAGAAGCGUGCACCAAUCUCAUGCAAGAAAUUAUGAUUUCUCCGAAUAAUGGAGUCAUAAUAACGGCAUCAACUCUCCUCAACGAGUCUUCUGCGUCGAAUGUUUGGAGUCUCGCAAAAAUUGUUGCGAAUCUGUUGAGAAGCAGUUUACAAAGUGUUAGUGAAAGUCAUCUCUACAAGAAAAUCUUUCAAGACAUGUGCUGCCAGUGUGUGCAGAUGAUUCUGCCAACAAGUGCUGAAAGUUCAAAAACAACCAGAGGAGAAGGACGGAAGGAUGAGGACAUUUCAGUUAAACGAGCGAUACCAUCUUGUGAAAAUGAUGUUGCUGAUGCUGUUAAUAAUUCGAAUAUCAACGCCAACCUUCAAUCCCAGUGUUUGGGUACGAACAAAGAGCUGUGCCGGAUUGGUCUGUUCUGUUCCCUAGUGUUGAUGGACAUUGAUUGUCAGAUGAGCAAACUUUUCGUGUGGGAUCAUUUGUUCAAGCCUGUCUCAGACUUAUUGGGGCAAAGCCAAGACGAGCAGCGUUGUGAAGAAAUAAUAAUGAAACCUAUUAACAGGAAUGCACCUCCUCCUCCUCCUCAUUUUCCUCCUCGUGCAGAACAAUUGACUCGUGUAAAUGGAAACAUACUAAUCACUUGGGUCGACAUUGACAGAGUUAUUGCGGUCUCUGAGGUCGCUGAGGGAUUAUUGAGCUUAGUAGUUCCAACGGGGAUAUCCAUUCCGUUGCACGCGUUCCAGCCUUCGUGGUCGUUACUCUUUCAAGCCCUGGUGGCAUGCGAGAAAUACCUCGAGAGGAAAAUUCAGGAGCCCGAGGUGUCCCACUUGGCUCUAGUGUUGAGUAGCAAAUUGAAAAAUGUUUUUAUCCUCCUCUUUGAACUUGUGAGUGCUGGAGUUGGCGAUAAACUAGAUCUCCUUAGCAGUAGUACUACUAGCAAUACGACCAUUGACAGUGGUGGUAGUAAAUGCAAAACAACAACUCCACGACCCGGUGCCCAAAACAGUAAUAUUUCGCUCAAGUGUGCAAAAACCUUGGCUGAAUUUUGCAUGGAACUUCUUGUGAAUGAGCAGGCUGAUGUUAACAUCUUUCAGUUGAUGUCAAGUAGUAGUAGUAAUUGUGGUAGUAGUAGUGGUCAUGAUGGUGGGGAAAAAACUGGAACAACUGUAAAAAUAGGAGGACACGUGAGCAGAACUAACUAUGCAGAACCUUCGAAUACAACCACUACUAGUGAUGAUAAGAAGGACGACGACGGCCGAGCAUUUAGAGUUCUGGCAGAUGAAUGUGUAAUUUUGUGUUCCAUAUUCAAAGAUGAACGCCUGGCAAAUAUUAUAUCCCAGCUCUUUCGCCAACUUCUAAGCUAUGAGAAUGAGAAUAUUAAAGAGAGAACUCAAAGUAGUAGCCACGGGCAGAAGCAGGAAGAAGAACAACAGGCACAAAAACAUAAAGUUUCAGAUGCAAGUUUGUCCUCAUCGUCUCAAGAUUCAGUUUUUCCUCCCGGAGAAACUGAGAAGGCUCCUGCUCCUAUGAUCUCCACUACCAGUAGUGAAUUAACUCAAUUAGAGCAUGCAUUAGAGGAGGGACAUGAUGAGACGGCCUUGCAGAAGUUUGUAGCCCUCAAGCUGUUGGAGGAAUUAGGUAAAGAUGACAAGAUUUUAGAAAACUGUGUCAAUACUGAUGAUUAUAAGGAGACGCUGCUCAUUGUGGAGUUGGUGAUACGGCGACUGGCGAUGGAGCUAAGGGAAAGUUCUCGUUCUGGGCAAAUUUGUGAAUUCUCACAAACCAUCGUGUUUGCUCUCGGCUUUCUCGGCACCAUUGUGGAAACUGCAGGCAGCGUUGGGUUCCUUGCUGAGGUGGCCGGUGCUGGAGCGUCUCCUGGAACAACACAUAAGAAGAAGAAUUCAUCAUUAUCGUCAUCACCUCUUUCAAAUUUGGAAGGAGAGAAAGAUGAUGACGGAUUUUGGACCGAGUUACAACGUUUCACUCCCCACUUGAGGAUGAUUGCAGAUUCGAAUGAUUUGGGACUUGUUAAUUUAGGAAUCCCACCCAUGGCCGAGAAUAUUUUAAUUAGUAUCUUGUCCUGCGGACAGGAGGGAACUUUGGGCAAGAGUGGUGGUAAGGCCCGCGAGGUGAUAUCUCACUUGCAAAAGGCUCUCAAGGACGUGGCCAACCCAAUGCUUCCCAUCAAAGGACAUGGGCUUUUGCAAUUAAGAAGACUCCUUGAAUCCAAGGAUCCAGAAACGUUGAGCAGUGACUCCUUACUUUUGCAAAUUUUCCACGCCGAGUUGAAUAACGAUGACUCGUACGUUUACCUCAUGGCCAUUCAAGGACUUGCCACUUUGGGAUUGAAAUUUCAUAAAAUUGUCAUCCCGAUCCUAAUCCAGGAGUACAACAAUGUGAUUAAUCCAGCAACGGAUGACACUGAUCAUGGGGAAGGAGGCGACCGGAGAAAGUUGUUCAAGGCGAUGACGGAGAGUGAGAGUAUCGAGUAUCGAAUGAAAGUGGGGGAGGUUUUAGUGAAAGUCACCCAGCAGCUGGGCGACAUUGCUCCAAUCUACAGAGUGGCCCUCACCAACCUCUUGUUCCGCAUUGUUCGCGACAACGAGCCCCUAAUUAGAGCCUCCGCUCUCUCAAAUCUCGGAGAACUGUGCCAUUUACUCAAAUUCUCCCUGGGCGUCAUUCUCACCGAGGUUUGGUACAAUGUGGAUGCGAUUUUGAGCUGUGAGAAAAACAUUCAUGUUCGACGCGCUGCCCUUCAUCUGCUGGUGCUCUUGUUGAAGGGGGUGGAGAAAGAGUUUGGUUCACAUCACUUAUUAACGGACGUGCAGCUGGGGGGUUACUUACGUGACGCCAGACGCCUGCUGACCAGGACGGAACAAAGGGAGUCAGACCCCGUCGCACGAACUCAUGCUCAACUGGCUUUGCAAGAAUUGGAACUCAUUGUCAAGAAACUUUUACUCCCAACACAGGAAGUUUCGUACAAAAUCAAAGUUUUAGAUUCACUCGAGUAAACCCAUUGUGAUGAGCAAAAUAUAUGUUGUUUUUUUCUGUGCGAGGUUUGUCAAUUAUUCCAUAAAUAGGUUUAUUGUACGUAUGCAUAAAUAUGUACAUAUAUAAUAUUAAGAAUAUAAGGGCACAGUUUUAUGUAGUCAUUCAGUAUGUUGUUUGCCUGUCUUGCAUCUUUAUAUGUGUAACACAUGAAAUAUAAGUUAUUGUGACUCAUCGGUGUUAAUAAACUCCUCGGUAUCGUCUUUCAAAGCUAUAAAAGAGUCA